AUGUUCUUGGCGUGUCCAAAAAGGAUCGUAAACGCGAUGGCAGCCAUGAGCCUGUCCGUAUCAUAUCCAACCGCGUACCUUUCGUUGAAGGCGUUGGCUGACGAUGGCCUCACCCAAGUCCGAAAACUUGCAAGGACGCAUCAAUGGAUCCUUAUCUACGACAACAUCAACUAUUACGACUCAAAGUUCAACCAGAGACUCGACAACCGCAAUGUAGUCGUGAGCGGAGUCACCUUGACAAUCGUCAUCAGUCGGCAUCAGGAUGAUGACCUCAGCCAGGAUGCUCUGCUUCCCCUCCCCGAUCGCCCUCCACUGAAGGACCUUUAUCCCCGGCAAGUUAAUGAUGAACGCCUUCGCCACGCUUCGCUUUUUUUUCUUUUCGACUGCUUACAGCGACAUCACGAGCCAUUCCAACACUAUGCCGUCCCGUUCAGAAUUCGCCCAAUCAGCCCGCUGGAUGUUUCAAAGACCUGGGCAUUUGAGAUCCCCGCUAUGGACAUCGACCAAUCUUCUCUCGACGGCAACAUGCGAGUCCUCGAGGAAGUCAAGAAACUGCUUCAGCUGGAUGAUGAGUGGUUCAGAAAUCAUGUCGUUAUUGUGGGAGGCAAUCAGCUGACGGUUUCGAGGGUCAGGACGAUGAUAAGAUACCGCGCUCCGGAUGUCUCGGCGUUCAAUCGGUUGCAGUGGGCGAUCCCUGUCCUACAGCUUUUCCAUCUUCAGAUGAUUGUGUGUGGCACCAUCCUUCGCACUCAUUAUGGGCAUAUCACAUCACCGGGGUCAUUGGCGUACAACAUCGGCAAGCUGGGACGGAAGCGCGUCGAUAAGACGAUGCCGUGCUAUUACACUGCGAAUGAGUUGCUGCGGAAUGAAAAUUUUUACGCUAGUCACGCACAAUCGAAUUGA